AUGAAGCAUGACAAGACAACCAAGAGCAGACAACACACCAGAGCGAUACACAACCCACCAAGAGCAGACAACACACCAAUAGCAGGAAAAUCACACCUAAUAGCAGACAAGACACCAAGAGCAGACAACACACCACGAGGCAGGACAAGACACCAAGAGCCGGACCAAGACACCAAGAGCAGACAACACAACAAGAGAAGACAACACAACAAGAGCAGACAACACACCAAGAGCAGACAAGACACCAAGAGCAGACAAGACACCAAGAGCAGACAACACAGCAAGAGCAGACCACACACCAACAGCAUAGAACAACAAGAGCAGACAACACACCAAGAGCAGACAAGACACCAAGAGCAACAACACACACACCAAGUAGCAGACCAGAAACGGAGGAGCAGACAGACACCAAGAGAGAGGAGACACCAAGAGCGGGACAACACACCAAGAGCAGACAACACACGAAGAGCAGACAAGACAGCAAGAGGCAACCACACCAAUGAUCAAAACAACACACCAAAUCAGUACAACACACCAAGAGCAGACAACACACAAGAGUCAUACAAGACACGGAUCAGACACAAUAGACCAAGAGCAGACAGCACACCAAUAGCAACAAGACAGGAAGAGCAGAAAGAGACCAAGAGCAGACAAGACGAGACACCAAGAGCAGACAACACACGAAUGGAGACAAGACACGGAGAGCAGAAAAGAGACCAAGAGGAGACAAGACGAGACACCCAAGAGCAGACAACACACCAAGAGCAGACAAACAGACCAAGAGCAGACAAGACACCAAGAGCAGACAACACACCAAGAGCAGACAACAGACCAAGAGCAGACAAGACACCAAGGGCAGACAAGACAACCAAGAGCAGAAGACACCAAGAGCAGACAAGACACCAAGAGCAGACAACACACCAAGAUGAACUACAACACACCAAAGAGCAGACAACACACCAAUAG